CGACACUUGGCCGUCUGUGUUUACUGUAGUAAUACUUAUCUACACGCCCCCUUCUGACUGUACGCCUACAUAAAGCAGUGCGCGGUGCGCUCGGCGGUGAGCAGCAUGAGUCUCCACGGGAAAGUGGCUCUGGUCACCGGCGGCGCGCAAGGCAUCGGAAGAGCCGUGGUGGAACAUCUCCUGGAGAACGGGGCGAAGGUUGCACUGGUAGACCUGAACCAAUCUGUGGGAGAGGAAUGCAAAAGUGAUCUAGAUGGCCAGUUUGGAGAGGAUAACUGUAUUUUUAUCCAGUGUGACGUGACUGACGCGGGGAAACUUAGAGAUGCCUUUCAAAGCACAGUAGAGAAGUUUGGUCGGUUGGAUAUUGUCAUCAAUAAUGCUGGAAUCAACAAUGAGAAGAACUGGGAAAAGACCAUUGAAGUAAAUUUGACAUCUGUCAUACAGGGAACAUAUUUAGCACUAGAACACAUGAGUAAAGAGUACGAAAAAGAAGGAGGGGUUAUUAUCAACGUUUCAUCUAUGGCAGCAUUUCUCCAUUCUCCUCACCAGCCAGUAUACACAGCGACAAAGCAUGGGGUGAUUGGAUUUUCAAGAGCCAUUGCAGACGCAUCUGAACAGGGCAAUUAUGGAGUGAGGAUCAACACACUGUGCCCAGCCUUCGUGGACACCCAACUCCUUCGCACUGUGGAGCACGAGGAAACAAUGGGCAAGUUUGUCAAGUACAAAGAUGAAUUCAAGCAACGGAUGGACAAGUAUGGCAUUCUCAAACCAUCUCUGAUUGCAGAAGGAAUGCUGCGAAUGAUAACAGAUGAAAGCCUAAACGGAGCCGUGAUGAAGAUCACCUGUUCUAAAGUCCUCAUCAGAACAUUUAUUUUAUUGAAGUCCAGUGCAGACACCUCAAACAGCUAGUUGAAUGACACAAACCUAUGGUGCAUUUAAGAAAUAAAAAAGGGACGGUAUAGAUUUUCCUGUCUAUCAUUUGAGUUUGGAAAAACAAAAAGGACUGCAUACUGGUAUUCGGGCCUCUUUCUAAACUGGUUUUAUUUUAUUUUUUUUUGUAAUGCCCUUGAACAUUCAUUUGUAUGCAACUGCUUUACUGUGAGUAACUGGUUUUGAGAAAAGAAAAUCAUAUUUAUUAAUAAUUCAGUUAUUGUUUGUGUCAAUCAUACCUCAAUAUCGCAAACCAAUGAUUCUUACAAUUUUUGUAUAUUUUUUGUAUAAUAUUUUAGAUAUAUGGAUAUCUUUGUGGCAAAGAGAGUAUCUUUUAUUAUGUAUACCUUAUGUAUAAAUCAAACAAUAAACUUCUGAAAAUAC